AAAACUCCAUUUCAUUUCAUUAGCUCAAUAAGAUACAGAACAGUAGGAUAUAAAACUCCAUUUCAUUUCAUCAGCUCAAUAAGAUACAGAACAGUAGGACAUAAAACUCCAUUUCAUUUCAUUAGCUCAAUAAGAUACAGAACAGUAGUGCAUAAAACUCCAUUUCAUUUCAUUAGCUCAAUAAGAUACAGAACAGUGGGAUAUAAAACACCAUUUCAUUUCAUUAGCUCAAUAAGAUACAGAACAGUAGGACAUAAAACACCAUUUCAUUUCAUUAGCUCAAUAAGGUACAGAACAGUAGUAUAUAAAACACCAUUUCAUUUCAUUAGUUCAAUAAGAUACAGAACAGUAGUAUAUAAAACACCAUUUCAGUUCAUUAGCUCAAUAAGAUACAGAACAGUAGGAUAUAAAACUCUAUUUCAUUUCAUUAAUUUAAUAAGGUACAGAACAGUAGAACAUAAAACUCCAUUUCAUUCCAUUAGCCGAUACAGGUACAGAACAGUAGGAUAUAAAACACCAUUUCAUUUCAUUAGCGCAAUAAGGUACAGAACAGUAGAACAUAAAACUCCAUUUCAUUCCAUUAGCCGAUACAGGUACAGAACAGUAAGAUAUAAAACACCAUUUCAUUUCAUUAGCGCAAUAAGAUACAGAACAGUAGGAUAUAAAACUCUAUUUCAUUUCAUUAAUUUAAUAAGGUACAGAACAGUAGGAUAUAAAACUCCAUUUCAUUGCAUUAGCUCAAUAAUGUAA